AUGGAGGCGCUGCACUACGAGCUGUGGGAUCGCUGCACGUCUUUUGUUGCCUCUGCCUGCGCCGGCCGCGAUGCUUCGCACGGCCUUGGCCAUAUGCGGAAGGUGACGGAGCAGGCAAUCCUGCUGUACCUCAUGGACACUACCGCCACUGUGGCACCCGGGGAAAAAGCCGGUAUGUUGUACCGGAUUAUACUAGUGGGCAUGCUACACGACGUGGCAGACCACAAGUACGACGUCGCCGGCACUCUCCUGGACCGAGUGAAGUCCUUCACGGCGGCCGAGGCGGCAGCACUGGUGGCCCACGCAGCGAGCACGGACCCACGUCUUUUUUGGGUCCCUCUGCCGCGUGCCAACGCCGGCGAGGCAGAAGGGAGUGCGCAGCAGGUGACGCAGCUGCUGCUUACCUCACUGGAUGCCAUCUCGUACUCGAAGGAGGUGAAGCGGGGCAUGCGCUGGUUUGUGCCCGCGCUGAGCGAUGGCGUGGAGGCAGCGACGAAAAGCAGCAGCUGGGUGGCGGUCCGAGAUUACGUAAGCGACUCAGACAAGCUGGAGGCCGUCGGCGAGGAAGGGCUGCUGCGCUGCUACGAGUACACGUGCGUACAGUAUCGCGCUUCGGCGCUGGCACAGCUUACAUCGAAGGGGCCCCAACCUUCCGCUGAGACUGCUGCGCCGCAGGCCGCCGCAGUCGAGCGGCAGCUUGAAGCAGUGCUACUGCGCGAAGUGGUGGAGCAUUACCACGAAAAGCUGAAGCGCUUGCUGCCGGUAUUCAUCGUGACAUCCUCUGGUAAGCACUUGGGCAUCCCGCGCGCUGCCGAGAUGGCUGCCCUUCUGGAGGAGUGGCAGCAGCAUGGCCCGCCUCCUGUCACGGUGUACUGGCGCAACGCGGCGGCCGAGUACACACCAGCGUCAGGUUGA